AUGAUGUACAAGACAACACUGUUGGCAAUACUAUUGUGCAUCAUUGCUGCCACUGAUGCUCAGAACAACAAUGAAUACUUUUAUAGUCAAUGGUAUAACUCAUCAUCGUGCAGUCCAAGUGAACUGGGAGAGAUAGACAUUGUGAUGACAGACUACUGUUUGAUGGACUAUGACUAUCAUUCAUCACAGGUCAGCUGUCAGAGCGAUCAGCAGGCUGUGCGCGUCGACUUUGGCGACUCUGAAUGCAAGAACUCAAAGGACAAGGAGACCAUCACACUCAAUCAAUGCGACGAGAUGGGUGGCAACAGCAUGCAGGCCUCGUGCGCCAACUCUACACAAGUCGAACAGAUGAUCAAGGGCAUGACAGUGAUCUCCUUCUAUUCGCAAGGCUACUGUAGUGGCACUCUAUUCAAGAUGAUCGCAUCACCCGACACUGUCUGCUUUGACUACAUGAAGACCAACAUGAAGUGUGUCAAUGGUCUUCUCUAUCAAUCAAGUUGCAAGGACAAGCUAUGCGAUGAUUGUGGCGAAUUCCAACAAGUGGAACCCUUCUGUCUGCGACCUGAUGGCAUCUACUUUGGUUGUCCAUAA